AUGAGGUUAUCGUCGGUUUCAACUCUGCUUUUGAGCAGCUUCGCUCUCAGUCAACCGACCACGAGCGGACAUGCAAUUCACGAGACCGUGAGGCAGCUGCCGCAGGGUUGGCGGCACGUCGCUCCCGCCGAUGACCUCAACACGAUUCAGCUUUCUGUCGCGUUGAAGCAGCCCGGCUUGUCAGAGUUGAAGGCGCGUCUCGAGGUGACCAGCAACCCGAAGCAUGCCGAAUAUGGCGCACACAUCUCUCGCGACCUGUUAAAGAUGUUCCAAGAGCCCGGCGCCGAUGCCUACGCUGUCGUCGCGGAUUGGCUUUCCGCUCACGACAUUCGGAACUUUGUUCAGGACGGCCCAUGGGUUCGCCUGAACACCACCGUCGGUAAAGCGAACCGCUUGUUGGAUUGCAAAUUUUCCAAGUACCAGUACAAGAGCGAGAAGGCAGUGUUCCGGGCCAAGGAAUAUACCCUUUCCAGCCAGGUCUCAGAGGUUGUCGACUUUGUCUUUCCGGUGACCCAGUUCAUGAGCAAGCCGCCUAGACGACAGAUCAAGGCGAGGGAGUUGGGCAAAGUUAAGCGACAGAGCGCCAUGCCUCGAAGCUGUUGGGACUACACUACCCCCGACUGCAUCGUGGAUCUCUACAACAUCAACUACAGCCCACCAGACGGCCCGUCACCCACAGACUUUGGCAUCGCCGGCUUCCUGGAAGAGUACCCCAACGUCCCGACUCUUCAAGCAUUCCUAGCAUCGUACAGCCCUCGUCGGAACGCCACCGGCUUCUCGCCCAAGUACAACCUCACCGUAGAAUCCGUCAACAACGGCAGCGACACCACCGAAGGCGGCGGCGUCGAGGCUUUGCUUGAUAUUCAGUACAGCAUGCCCUUUAUCCAGCCAAUGAACGUGACCUACUUCUCAACCGGCGGCCGAGGCCCUGAAAUCGGCCCUGACGGCAAAGAAAAGGAUCCCAAGGACAGCGCCCACGAGCCCUGGAUCGAGUUCCUCGAGGCCCUCCUCGCCCGCGAGACCAUCCCGGACGUCAUCUCCAUCUCUUACACCGACGAUGAGCAGCUUAUCCCACAACCGUACGCCCGUCGCGUGUGCGACCUCUUCAUGCAAGUCGCUGCGCGCGGCGUCUCCGUCCUCGUAGCUACAGGUGACGGCGGGGCAGCAGGUAUCGGUUCCGGGGACUGUAUCUCCAACGACGGGAGAAACACGACAAAGUUCAUCCCGACGUUCCCCGUCGACUGUCCCUGGGUUACGGGCGUCGGCGCGACGGGCAAUUACGCGCCGACAGAGCCUGCGUGGUACAGCUCCGGCGGCUUCAGCGAAUACUUUGAGCGUCCGGCGUGGCAGGAGACCGCAGCCAAGGCGUACAUUGCCGGCAUUAACGGGUCUCACGCCGGUUGGUACGCGCCCAACGGCCGCGGUAGCCCGGAUAUCUCGGCCAUUGGGUCCCGGUUCCUGAUGCAGCCUGGGUGGACGCAGAAGGGGACGAGCGCUAGUACGCCUGUCAUCGCGGCCAUGAUUGCGCUCGCCAAUGAUAAGCGGAUGAGGGAGGGUAAACCUGCUCUGGGAUUCCUUAACCCGCUGUUGUACUCUGACAAGGUUCGUUCUGCGAUCAACGAUGUCACGAGCGGGUCUAGUGGAAGUUGCUCUUAUGGGACCCAGGUUGAGAGCGGAUGGUCUGCGACUGCUGGGUGGGAUCCGGCGACUGGUCUUGGGACUUUGGACUUUGCCAAGUUCCUUCAGGCACUAGAGUAA